AUGGCGGCGGCUGGGGUCCAGCUCCUCCCCAGGCCGCUGCGCGCCGCCGUGCCCGCUUCGCCGCCCCCGAGCUCCCCGCGGGCCUCCUACAACUUCAUCGCCGACGUGGUGGAGCGGACCGCGCCGGCGCUCGUCUACAUCGAGAUCCUGGGCAGGCACCCCUUCUCUGGGCGGGAGGUGCCAAUCUCCAAUGGAUCCGGCUUUGUGGUGUCUGCAGAUGGACUGAUAGUGACCAAUGCCCACGUGGUGGCAAACCGGCGGCGGGUGAGGGUGCGCCUGGCCAGUGGGGAGCUCUACGAUGCGGUGGUACGGCAGGUGGAUCAGGUGGCAGACAUUGCGACUCUCAAGAUUAGCCCCAAGCGCCCCCUCCCAACGCUGCCCCUCGGCCGCUCUUCAGAGGUGCGCCAGGGGGAGUUUGUGGUCGCUAUGGGCAGCCCCUUUGCCUUGCGCAACACCAUCACGUCAGGCAUCGUGAGUUCAGUCCAGCGCGGCGGCCGGGAGCUGGGCCUGGCAGCCUCCGACAUGGAGUACAUCCAGACGGAUGCUGCUAUCGAUUUUGGGAACUCUGGUGGUCCCCUCGUCAACCUAGAUGGGGAAGUGAUUGGCGUGAACACCAUGAAGGUGACGCCUGGCAUCUCAUUCGCCAUCCCGUCGGACAGGCUGCGAGCUUUCUUGGAGCAGGAGGAGAAGCGCAGAGACUCGUGGUUUGGCGGAACUGAAGCAAAGAGGCGGUACAUCGGGGUGACAAUGCUGACACUGACGCCCAGCAUCCUGUCUGAGCUGAAGAUGAGAGAUCCGGCGUUCCCUGAUGUGCCCUACGGCGUCCUCAUCCACAAGGUCAUCAUCGGCUCCCCAGCGCAUCAGGCGGGUCUGAAGGCGGGAGACGUGGUCCUGGAGAUCAACGGGCAGGCGUCCCGGCAGACGGAGGACGUCUACGAGGCCGUGCGGACGCAGAGCCACGUGGCGCUGCUGGUGCGCCGUGGCUACGAGACGCUGCUGCUGACAGUCACCCCGGAAGCCACCGAGUAGAGACGGGCUUUGGGGAGGCGGGGGUCCUUGCGGCAGAGUGCUGGUGCCUCCCCCCCCCCCCGAUUCCAGAAUGGACAUUGCUGGGAGCAGGGAAGGGUGCCGCCCGCUCUCCUGGCAGGAGGAGGGUCGGCGACGGGCUUUGCGUCCCCCGAGCAAGCGUGGACGAGGUGUGGCCCAGGCGCCCUGCACCUGCUCCCUUGCCCCGCGGCCCCUGGGCAUUGUCCACGAUCAUUAAACGAUUCUGUGACCCCA